GUAACUCAUGUGGCCAUAGUUGUAUGUCACUCACUUUGUACCGCUCGGUGACUGUUUGGUAGCGAAUCCAGCUGAAGCUAUUUGUGGUUGCAAUUAAUGAAGAGAUUUGGCAAGGUUUGCAGAUGAUCAGAGUAAAUUAUUUGUUUGCAUUAAAACUGCUCAGCAAGUACAUGGGAGCUGCAGUAUAUCUAUCACAUGACAUUAAAGCCAUCCUAUGAGGGCCAAGGAAUUCUUCUGAAAACCUUUAUGAACAAAUUGCACCAAAAACAUUAAGUUUUCUCACUCGUAAAAUACUUGACCUACUCACUAAUGAUGACCAAUGACAAGAAAAUAUCUGAGAAGAUUUUGAAUCACAUCAUAGAAAUCAUCUAUUUGCUAACUGGGGAGGUCUCAAUAUUACAGCUGAUCUCAAAUUUACUGAUAAAAAACACAGAGAAGAAAAUAUCUGAGAGGAUUGUGAAUAACACCCUGGGGAUAAUCUGCCUGCUGACAGGAGAUGAAUACACCGUUGUGAAAAAGAACUCUCCCCACAGCAACAUUCACCAGCUGACAGGAGAGGUGCCUAUUCGGUGCGGUGAUGUUGCAGUGUAUUUCUCAGUGGAGGAGUGGGAGUAUAUAGAAGGACACAGUGAGCUUUAUGAAAACAUCAAGAUGGAGAAUCACCAGACACUUAGCACUGUGGAAACCCCAACGCAAAACACAAUUGGUGAUGUUAGGCCCGAAGUUAUAUUAAAUGAACAAACAGAAGAGCUGUGUGUAACAGACAUUCUGAAUCAGGACAUCUCUGACAGCAGCAGCACAGGUGACAAUAGGACUGAAGUUAUAUUAAAUGAACAAACAGAAGAUCUGUGUGUAACGGACAUUCUGAAUCAGGACUUCUCAGACAGCAGCAGCACAGACUUUCCUGAUGAAGAUGUAUAUAUAUCUGUUAUUGAGGAUGAUGAGGAAAAUGAAAUUCAGAAGGUGUUAAUUCUUCCAGACCCAUGUGAAGACCAGUCUUCUUAUAUGAAAAAUGAAUCAACAAACAGAAAUACGUUUGAAAAAUCACUCUCAACAGCAUGUUCCUUAAAUGACAUAGAACAAUAUAACAACAGUCUAUUUCAUGAGUAUCAGCAAGACUUAGAAGACAAUUCAUCUACAGGCUCAUCACCUUAUGAAUCUGGAAAAUUUUCAUCCAUUCCUGUGCCUUUGUACUGUGAACAAAAGUUAGAAACUAUGAGUAAGACGCUUAUUGACUCAUACAGUAAUAUGUCCAGGAAUAACAUUCAUAUUCAGAAUACCGAUGCUAAAAUGGUAACUACACAAGCUGCAUAUGCUAAUUACCAACCAGUACCUGGAAGAGAUCAAGUUUACAAGUGUAAUCAAUGUGAGAAACAGUUUGCUUUCAAAUCAUAUCUUAUUGUACAUCAGCGAUCACACAAUGGGCAAAACCUUCAUGAGUGCAAUGAAUGUGGCAAACACUUUAUUUCUAGAGCACAUAUGGUUGUACAUCAGAUAACACACACAGGAGAGAAACCUCACGGGUGUAAUGAAUGUGGCAAACAUUUCGCUAGAAAACCUGAUCUCAUUAGACACCAGAGACUACACACAGGGGAGAAACCUUAUAGGUGUAAUGAAUGCGGAAAACAGUUUCAUACUAAAUCAUGCCUUAUUGUACAUCAGAGGUCACACACAGGAGAAAAGCCCCAUUGUUGUAAUGUAUGUGGAAAACACUUUUCUAGACGACCUGAUCUUGUUAGACAUCAGAGCAUCCACACAGGGGAGAAGCCCCAUGGCUGUAGCCAAUGUGGGAAACACUUUAUUUCUAAAGCACAUCUUAUUGCACAUCAGAUCACACAUUCAGGGGAAAAGCCUUAUGGCUGUAAUGCCUGUGGGAAACACUUUGCUAGAAAAUCCGAUCUUGUUAGGCACCAGAGACUACACACAUGGUAGAUCCUCAUAUGUAAUACACAUGCAAAAUACCAAAACUGAUCCUGUGGUACAUCACAUAGUAGCUGCACAUAUGGGGAAAUGUUUAAUUCUACAUCCCAUUACAUACCAGAGAAUCCAUGCAAGAGAAAGUUUUCAUGAGUCUAGGAUAUGUUGGCAUUGUUUUGCUAGUGCUCAUGACCUACUUAGACAUCACUAUUGAAAGAAAGAAAAAAGAACAAAUACGUUUGGAAACUGUUUAGGUUCAGAUGUAAUAGUUUUGCAUGUACAUCAAAAUAAGAAUGUGGAAGAACACUUUGCAUUUACUAAGUUCUGAGACACUAUAGAAUAUAUUAUUGAAACUAUCUUUAUUAUUAAAAUUUUAUGAGUUCCUAUUUUUUAA